AUGGCGGACUCAGAUGGAUCAUCGCCAGCUCCAAACUUGGGGGCAAAGAGGCAAAGAGCACCUACGAUAACAAUCGAUACUUCAGCUGUUCGUAAUAUCAGUCCACCUCAAGCUAUGGAUAACGACGCAGUUGCUCUAAGGGCUUUACCCAGUUCUCCUUCAACUUCACAGGGAGAUAUAAGUCCGGCGACAUAUGAUGGAGCAGGACAACAAUCACGAGGUUAUCAUUCGAGUCAAGCAAGUCGUUCAUCGAUACCAGAAUUAAGAGCGACCAAUUCUUUUGACAGCCGAGAUAGUAGGCCAACAUCACCCCAUAAUAUUUCCUCGCCAACAACGAGAGGAACCCCGGGUUUCCUGGCCGUCCCGGGUCUCCGUUCACGACAAAAUUCCAUCGAAUCUGACGAUGGAAACCAUUCAAACACGAAUUACAGCGGAGAAACUUGCGCUGGAAGCUCAACCAUAGGGCAGAUAGAUAAGCAUAGAGAGAUGGGUGGAAAUAAUGAUAUAAUGAAUGAUCAAUACGCUUUGAAGCCGGAUCUAGGGACCGAGGAGGACUUUGAAGUUGAAAACAACAAUUUCGGAUUCUCUCAAGGACAACUUAAUAAGUUAGUCAAUGGCAAAAAUUUGGCGGCUUUCUAUGCCCUCGGAGGUCUUGCAGGAUUAGAAAAAGGAUUACGGACGGAUCGAAGAAGCGGUCUGAGUGUGGAUGAGCAGGCUUUGGAUGGAACAGUAUCUUUCGAGGAAGCAACGGCCGCCGCAUCUCGAGGAUCACCGGAUCUCAGCGAACAUUCAAAAUCGUCAAAAACUCCUAUGACCAAGGUUUCUUCGAGGCCAUCGAUAAGAUCGGGGCAAGAACAGGGGCAUUCACACGUUCAAGCACAAGGUGCUUAUUCUGACCGAAAACGCAUCUUCAAGGACAAUCGAUUACCCGAGAAGAAAGGCAAAAGCAUUUUCGAAUUGAUGUGGAUUACUUACAAUGACAAGGUUCUGAUACUGUUGUCAAUAGCAGCAGCGAUAUCUUUAGGUGUCGGACUAUACCAGACAUUCGGAACGAAACAUGAUUCGGAACAUCCUCCUAUUGAGUGGGUCGAAGGUGUGGCAAUUAUAGUAGCCAUCGUCGUCGUGGUGAUUGUAGGAUCUCUCAACGAUUAUCAGAAGGAACGCCAAUUCGUCAAACUCAACAAAAAGAAAGAAGAUCGGGAUGUGAAUGUUAUCAGAUCAGGAAAAACUUUGGAACUCUCGGUUUUCGAUGUUUUGGUGGGUGAUGUUAUGCAUCUCGAGCCAGGUGACAUGAUCCCUGUGGAUGGAAUCUUCAUCGAAGGACAUAACGUUGUUUGCAAUGAAUCUCAGACAACUGGAGAAUCUGAUUUAAUACGAAAGCGACCAGCCGAUGAUGUCUAUAAUGCAAUUCAGAACCACGACAGCUUGAGGAAAUUGGAUCCUUUCAUUCUUUCAGGAGCCCAGGUUAGCGAAGGAGUCGGGACAUUUAUGGUUACAGCUACCGGCGUAAAUUCCAUGUAUGGAAAGACAUUGGUCGCUUUGCGAGAAGAUCCCGAGUCUACCCCUCUUCAAACGAAAUUGAACACACUGGCUGAAUACAUCGCAAAGCUCGGUGGAGCUGCAGGUCUCCUUCUCUUCAUCGUUUUGUUUAUUGAGUUUCUGGUCCGUUUACCUCACAAUCACAACACCCCAACCGAGAAGGGUCAAGAAUUCCUUAACAUCUUUAUUGUCACGGUUACAAUUAUUGUGGUCGCUGUUCCCGAAGGUUUACCACUGGCUGUCACACUAGCCUUGGCUUUUGCUACCACUCGCAUGUUGAAGGACAACAACUUAGUCAGGCAUCUCAAAGCUUGUGAGGUCAUGGGAAAUGCUACGACUAUUUGCUCCGACAAAACCGGUACUUUGACCCAAAACAAAAUGUUGGUGGUCGCAGGAACCCUGGGAACUAGCUCUCGAUUUGGUGGCACAGUAAAUUCGUCUGGGAAAGAUCAACUCGAUAAGGGUAAGGAGCCACAGCGAGAAGAUAACAUGUCCGCAGGAGAGGUGGUAUCUGCUUUAGGUCCAAGCGUCAAGGAAUUGAUCAAGCAAUCGGUUGUUCUCAACUCCACCGCUUUCGAGGGCGAAGUUGAUAACCAAAGCAGCUUCAUUGGUUCCAAAACAGAAACUGCGCUCUUGCUCUUCGUACGAGAACAUCUGGGACUUGAUUCGCUCGAUCAAGAACGCUCUAAUUCCACCAUCAUCCAACUUAUUCCCUUCGAUUCGGGCCGAAAGUGUAUGGGAGUCGUCGUACAACUGGACAAUGGCAAAUAUAGACUUUAUGUGAAGGGUGCAUCCGAGAUUCUCCUCGAAAAGUGCUCAGAUAUCAUCCGGGACCCGACUAAAGAUACUAGCAGCACUCAUAUGACCGAUGAUAACCGCCACACUCUGAACUCGCUCAUCGACAACUACGCUUCACGAUCACUUCGUACAAUUGCACUCGUCUACAGAGAUUUCGAGAGAUGGCCUGCCAAGGGCGCUCGAAUCAUUGAAGGAGAGAAGAACCAAGUUGUUUUCGAAGAUAUCUUUAGGCAGAUGGUACUCUUGGGCGUCGUAGGAAUCCAGGACCCACUUCGUGAAGGUGUUCCCGAAGCUGUCCGUAUUUGUCAAAAUGCCGGUGUGGUUGUACGCAUGGUUACUGGAGAUAACAUGGUCACUGCUAAAGCUAUUGCCGAAGAGUGUGGUAUCUAUACUCCCGGUGGUAUCAUCAUGGAAGGUCCCGCUUUCCGAAAUUUGAGUCAAGCCAAGAAGGAGCAGAUUAUUCCACGUUUGCAAGUCCUGGCACGAUCUAGUCCAAAAGAUAAAGAAGAUUUGGUCAAGGCUCUUAAGAAGCUUGGUGAAACGGUGGCAGUUACUGGUGAUGGUACCAAUGAUGCGCCUGCUUUGAAGAAGGCCGACGUUGGAUUCUCUAUGGGUAUCGCUGGUACCGAGGUUGCAAAGGAAGCUUCUGCCAUUAUUCUCAUGGACGAUAACUUCAACUCGAUUGUCAAGGCUAUGAUGUGGGGACGUGCUGUUAAUGAUGCAGUGAAGAAGUUCUUGCAAUUUCAAGUCACCGUCAACAUUACUGCCGUUCUCUUAACCUUCAUCUCGGCUGUUGCCAGUUCUGACGAGACAUCCGUCCUCACUGCUGUGCAACUGCUAUGGGUCAAUCUUAUCAUGGAUACCAUGGCCGCUCUUGCAUUGGCUACCGAUCCACCGCCUCCGAGCAUCCUCGAUCGAAAACCCGAUCCUAAAUCCGCACCUCUUAUCACUAUGACGAUGUGGAAAAUGAUCAUUGGUGAAUCAAUCUAUCAACUAACCAUCACGCUGCUCUUGUUCUUUGGUGCGGAGAGCAUUCUUUCAUACCAAUCCGAACGCGAAAUUGCUCAAAUUCCAACUCUUGUCUUCAACACAUUUGUGUGGAUGCAAAUAUUCAAUCAAUGGAACAACCGUCGUCUGGAUAAUAAGUUCAACAUAUUCGAAGGAGUUUCUCGCAACUUGUUCUUCAUAGGAAUUAAUGUUGUCAUGGUCGGUGGUCAAGUAAUGAUCAUUUUCGUUGGCGGCAAAGCUUUCAACGUGGUCCAUCUCAACGGAGCUCAAUGGGCAUAUUCCAUUAUUCUUGGUUUCCUCUCUAUCCCGGUCGGAGCUUGCAUACGUCUCAUUCCUGAUGAAUUGCUCAUCUCAUUGGUUCCUAGCUAUUUGAUGAACCGAAACAAGAAUCCAGAAGUCACCAUUUCGGACGAGGAAGAGCAUUUCCGAUUCCCCCAACCCUUGGCAGAUGUCAAGGAAGAAUUGACCUUCCUCAAGAAAUUCAAGGGUGGUCGAUUAAACAACUUGAAAUUUGCCAUGCAGCAAACUCGCGAUCAGUUCAUGCCUCGUUCCAGGAGUGGUUCUCGAUCAAGAGAUAAUUCCAUCCCACCAACCACACCUUCCGAUGAUCCCAAUCGGGAAGAUGCUUUCGGUUCAAACGCUCCAUUCCCCACCCCCGAAUCCCGCAAACGCGGUCGAAGCACCCGAUCUCGAUCCAACUCAGCCUUAGGCGCCACAACCGUCAUGGCCGGUAUCAUCGCCGGUAGUGUUGCCGGCUGGUCCCCUAUCGAGAGAAACUACGGCGACAAUGAAUCCAUGCGUUUCUCACGUUCCAAAGGUAGAUCCGAAUUAGAAACCUCAAACGAAAUUCAGAUCCACCCCGAUACCAAGCCUGAUGAUCCUAUCAUUACGGAAAAUCUAAGCCAGCUCAAUGCUCCCCCCUCGCAAAUCCCGGAGAUUUCCCCUGUUCCCGCGGCUGAUAUUCCGACCUUGAAGAUUCCUACUCCGGGUCAGAAAUCCCCUGGUGAUGAAUAA